CUAUUGACUUUGGACAUUCAAGCCACUUUCAAUUUAUUUGGGGAUUUGUCCGCUAAAACACGGGCGAAAAUCUUUACUGAAGAAAAGUUGAGAAGGAGCUUGAGAAUUUGCAGGCAUGAUACGAGUCUUUUUCUAAGCUUUCAUCAAUUUAAUGUUGGCGCAGAAUGUUUUGGCGAUUCCUUUUCUGCUAUCACGUUUGUCUGCUCCUGUUAUGUAAUGCAACAUCAUCCCCAAGGAAGGACCUAGUCAUAAUACUGGACUGCUCUAAAAGCAUUUCAAGAAAUACUUACAGUCAUGACAUUAAUUUCCUGAAAAACCUUGUCAAUCAUCUAAGCAUAUCACCAAGCUCUGUUCGAGUAGCAAUGGUUACAUUCGCCUCAGAAGCAAAGAUCGAGUUUAAUUUCGAACAAUAUGUGAACAGAGAAUGCGUACUAAAGAGACUCAAGAAAAUUCAAAGAAGACCAAGAAAGGGAAGGACAAAUAUUGAUGCUGCUCUGCGCAAAGCUGUCUACCUGUUCAAGUCUUACCAAGGAUUCGCAAAAGAUAAAGAAAUCUAUUUGAUAUCAGACGGGAAAUUCAACGAGGGAAAGUAUCCUGAUGAAAGCCUGAAGACUUUGAAAAAGCUUGGCGUUAAAAUUCAAGUGUUGGCGGUCGGGAAAAAUCCAGAUUUCAAGGAACUUCGUGCGAUUGCAAGCAUUUCUGGCAGAGAUGAUUUUAACAGGCUGAAAAAUGACAGAAAAACACACAAAAAUGUUAUUUUCAAGCUGGCUCAUCGGAAAGAGCCUUAUACUAAGUGCAAAAAAAGUGGAACGAUACUUGACGAGUGCAAUCGUGAAUGCCAAUGCUCUAAUGGUUUUAUGAAAAAUUGUCAACGAGUCAGACGAGAAUUUACAACAUUUACAGACGAGGAGAAAAAACGAUACUUGCAGGCCUACUUCAAAAUAACAACUGUGGAGCCACUGAAAUCGAGAUUUAUAAAAUUUAUCCGGAAACACGCAAAUCUUUUUUGGUUAGGUAUUCACAAGCGGUAUCAGUUCUUCCCAUGGCAUCGCUGGUACGUUUACCAAUUUGAGAAUUUGAUGCGGGAAGUUGAUUGCAGAAUCACUGUCCCUUUUUGGGACUGGAGUUACUGGAGCCCAGUUGCUUGGAAAGUUGGAGUGCACAUCUGGACGAAUGAUGAAUACGGUUUUGGAGGUGACGGCAAAGAAUCUAGGCAGUAUUGCGUUCAAACCGGCCCCUUCAACGAAUCAGGGUGGUCCCAUCCGGCACCUGAAAAGAUAGAGGAUGUUUUGAGCGCAAUAAAGGAUGUAACCGGCCAAUGCCAAACUCCUGUCUCUGAUAGCACGCAUUACAAACGAUGUUUACGGAGGAGUUUCAAUAGUGAAUGCCCCAACGUUGCUAAUGUUUUGAGGACGAUUGGAUUUCCAUGCACAGAUUUCAAACGCUUUGACAAUGCUGUGAGGGAAGACUACCACAAUGACUUGCACAACGAAAUCGGUGGUCAGAUGUCGUCGAAUUACGCGGCUAAUGCGCCUGAAUUCUUUCUUCAUCACGGUUUGCUCGAUAAUAUCUGGUAUCGGUGGCAGAUGAAAGGCCCUGCUUGUCAAUUUGCAUACUUCCCGAAGAACGUAUCCAAAUUGCUAGACGCCCCUUUUAAGACAACAGACUUUGUGAAUUCAAGCAAUCAAGGCCAUUGUGUGAGUGUUAAGUAUGACAAAUUUCUGGAACGUGUUAUACCGGCCGGUACGGAUGUGGGAGAACCAAACCAUCCAGAACAACCUUCAUGCAGCGAAGAUGCAGAAUCAAAAGAUGAAAUGCCAAAGUCAGCGUUUACAUUGCUCAAAGAACAAAUGAGGAAUGAAAGAGACGAUGACUGAUGUCUUUUACCUUGCAAAACUUAGUAAUGUGUCACUGCAUCUCACUAAGUGUUAGGACUUUUUUGAAUUGAACCCUGUAUACGCGAAAGCAAAAUGUUCCAUUUGGGUAGGAUCCCAAGCUGAUACGGAUCUGCUUGUGUUUACACGAGAACGGCUUUAUCUGAUCCAGUGUGGAUUUUAUAAUCUCGCGUUUGGAUUUGCUACGUAAUCGUUUUCAUUUAGACUUGAUCCACUGAGGCUCCCAUGUAAACGGUCAGAUUCAAAGGCAAUAGUUUUCCGCGUUGCAUAGAAAAGAGAGUGAAAGUUGUAUUUUGUGUGAUUCGUUUUUCAUUCGGAAAGAUUAAAGAAAACUCUCUUUUGUCAUCUUUCUUAUUUUAUCCCUGUUUGAAUCUGGUAUCAGAACUAGGUAUGAUUAAAACAUUAUUUUUAAGUCAUAAAAUAUCAUGCCCAUUAUUUUCAAUAAGGAAUUGCACGCUCUUAAUUCUUUGAUCAUCACUGAGCCGAGUUAGUGAACUGCAUCAAUAUUUAAAUCCAAAUGGACCCGUUUCCGUGUAAACACCGGCACAAGACUAUGGAGCUGAUCCAGUUGGAAUUUGUUCCGAUUCAGAUAGGCUUGGAUCCGAUCCUGUUCGGAUUGGAUCCGAUCCUGUUUGGAUUGGUUCCAAUCCAGUUAAGCUUGGAUCCGAUCAUGUUUGGAUUGGAUCCGAUCCUGUUUGGAUUGGAUCCGAUCCAAUUUGGAAUGAAUCCGAUCCAGUUAGGCUUUGAUCUGAUCCCGUUAAGAUUUGAUCCGAUCCCGUUUAGAUUGGAUCUAAAGAGAACUGAGCCACUUUCGCUUGUUUAAACAGGGUCUUGGUGACUUUGCGAAAUGUCCAAUUUUAGGGGUGUUCCUUGUGUCUCUUUGCUUAAUUUCUCUAUCUAGCAGUCACAUGAAAUGUCACAUUAAAAAGCAUUUGGUGUUUUUAUUUUAGUUGCAAAAAUGAUAAGUAGGGGAUAGCGGUUUCAGAGUACCACCAAAAAUGGUAAUCUCGUUUUUAGUUUAAGUUUAUAGGCCUUCUAAUUGCUAUGAUUUUUUAGUACUGUUUAGGCGAGUUUUCUGCUGGCAGAUAUUUACAAUUGUUAUAUUUAUAAUGCAAAAGAUGAAA